AACCCUAAGUGCUUUCAUAUAUCGCGUACACCAGGAAGAACUCUCAUAAGUAAUCAAAACAUCAUCUUCAAGUUGAAACAUUUCCAAGUACAAUAUCCUGCUCGACAUUCAAUACCAUUUGUGAUCAAUAUGCAGUAUACCUUGCAAACGAUUAUACAUUCUUUUUUUUCUCCAAGAGGUAUUUUUACAUACGUUCCUGAAUCUUAGAAGUUCUUCGUUUAUCUAGUUCAUCAGCUUAGUGGUUUACUUACUUUGAGCUGCAUUCGUCAUAAUUUUAUGGACUCCUAAAGGCUCCUAAGUCAUUCCGGAAUUUAUGUACAUGAUGGCAGGUAUCACCCAUAGACAUGGGUUGUCAUACAGUAUUUGUUCCAUUCUGCUUGCGAUUUCUCUACUUUGUACGGCAACGGGAAGUGUUACCACUGUUACUACAAACGUGACAGGGGUGCCCUUUGAAACAGAUUUAACGACAGACUCGAUCACAUACACAACCCAUACUACGACGUCACCGAAUCAACCAAGCAACACAUACGCAACUCUCGACCAUCCAUCGACUAGUGAUUCAGCAACGGUAAAGGAGAAAUCCACCACUACCCAAUCAACAACACCAUCAGCCAAGCCAACAACUGAGCAGGCUGAUAAGGAGUCUGACCCAAGCAAAGAGACCCCCGCUCAGAAGGCAGGAUCUAUGGCGGUCGCAGGAGUAAUUCUGCUCAUCUUUGGUCUUCUUCUUGUUGCAGUCAACGGAUAUGUGUUCUUUAAAUCGAAAAAAGGGUCAUGCACUACAAAGAAGGGUAUCUUCCACGUCCUGCAGAUGUCUAGCAUUCAGAAGAACAACGAAGGUGACAACGACGACGAUGAUGACGUCGAAGAUAACUUCAAAGACGACGUUGACGUCGAGAAGAAGUCCAGCUCGUCGAGAUCAUUGGAUAAAGAAGGUACUACCGAUCAGGAAGCCGAGCCGAAGUUUGAAGUGCAUGUCAAGGUUGAGACCGACAUCGAGGGCGGUGUCGAAGAUGCCAACAAGCCAAAUGGGAAUGCUGACGUCAACGAUUCUAAUGCAGCACCAGAGGCUGAUGUCGCUGAAAAGAGCACCGACAAUGAUGUCGCUGAAAAGAGCACCGACAAUGAUGUCGAGAAGACGAAUGAAACUGUUGUCGAAGUGACCAUAGAGGGCGGGAGUGAAACUCAAACCGAUCCUUGAUCAUGUUGAUAAUAGUGUGAUAAACCUUGAGCAUGUUGAGUACUUUUCAUUUCGUAUCCCAGAAUUGCCUUUAAAAAAUGUUAAAAUUAUCGAGGAUGACUGUAAAUGCUAUUUUUCUUUCACGUUUUGUGAAAUCUGUUUUGUACAUUGGUUUCUAAGAGUUAGCUUAAAGCAUCUGGAUGUGACAUUAACUAAGUCUACUGAAAUUGUUUUAUAUAAUAAUAGGCCUAUACAAAAUCCAUGCACCCCUGCGGAAGGUGAUUUGAAUAGAGAAAAAAAAUCAGAACGGUCAGAUAAACAGAGCUACGGUAUUCUAAUAUUCUACUUAA